ACAAUCUAACAAGUGUAGAAAAGGGCUUCUGCUUGAUUCAAAUCGCCCUUUGUCUUCUCCUUCCAUAACCAACUUCGUUUCCACCUCCAUUCACCUGCUCCGGCCACCGACCUCAACGGUCCUCCUCUGCCUCUCGAUGAAUCUUCUCGUUUUAAUUCUUGGAGCUUAAUUGGGAAUCUGAUUUUGCAAGGGCAAGGUCUGCACUUAGUGGGAAUGAUGUAGUGCGUAGCCAGUUCUGUGAAGUUGCAUGUUCCAUGUUCUCAUCUCUGCUUAGAGCAUAUUUCCCUAUGAAAAUGCGCUGCUGCUUCCAAAGUAGUCUCCAUUCUGCUUCAUCCUCUCUGGUUCCUGUGCAGCUUCCGUCUCCAAUGGAAACUCAUUUAUGGUAUGUUGUGCCGGAUCAAGUCAAGAGUGCAUCACUUUUAAAUCGAUACAUGGAACUUCUGUCUCCAGUUGAGAAAAAAAAUGUUCUAUCCAUGCCUGGAGACCAGCUUCAGAAGAGGGCACUCCUGGCUCGUGCCUUGGUUCGCACAACCAUUGCCAGAUAUAAAUUGCCAUGUUGAUCCAAGAUCUUUGAAGUUCAAGAAAAACAUGCAUGGGAAGCCUGAGGUGGAAUGGCAAAGCAAAGAUGGCUGGUGCCAACCGCAUCUACAUUUCAACAUUUCACACAGUUCUUCUAUAAUAGCUUGUGGAGUAACUAUGAAUGCACAAAUUGGUAUUGAUGUGGAAGAGAAGCAACGGAAGAUAAAAAGCAAUAUUUUAGCUUUUGCUCGGCGUUACUUCUCUCUCCAUGAAGUGGAAUAUUUAAUCAGUAUUUCAGACACUGAAGUGCAGCGCCAGGAGUUUAUAAAAUUAUGGACUCUCAAGGAGGCCUAUGUCAAAGCUUUGGGAAAAGGCUUCUCUGCUGCACCUUUCAAGACCUUUACCAUUCAUGUAAAGUCUGCUGCCUCUAAGAGAAGCAUUUUUCUUGCUGAGGAUAGAGUUUACGAGGCAUCGGAGAUAACGAUAGAGUCUUUUACUGAUCCAAAGAGCCUCACAAGCAGUUGUCAGUUUGCCCUAUUAGAAUUGGAUGGAUCUCAUUAUGCUGCCAUUUGCAUGGAAAAAGAUAAAUCCAGUGAAUUUGGGAUGAAAGUUCCAAUAAGAUUAACUGCUUGGAAAACCAUUCCAUUUGUUGAAGAUGAGUGCGUUUCUGGAACGGAUGCUAUCAUACCCAUUGGAGGCUUAAUCAAACUUUGAUCAUAUGUUGCAAAUAUGUUGAAUUGUGUUUCUGUAUUUUGGCACAAUAUACAGUUUAAAAAAAAUUGUUUUUUUCUUAAAAUUAGCGAAGCACACAUUUCCACAAGAGUAGUCAAGAUCUGAUAUUUGUUGUAUGUUUUGCAGUAAAUGAUGUUCGUAAUUUUAUGAUGUUAAUGCCCGAAUUUUUCAUUGU